AAAAAAUGUUAAGGCCCAUUUGAAAAUCGCGCUUCAGCCAGUAUCCUACGUGGAGUGCUUCAUUUUAAACUUUGAGUCAGUGUGCCGUGGCUAUCUCUUUGAUUUCCAAUCUCGGGUCGUUUCUUUCUCAACGCAAUGAAAGUCACUUUCAAAACAUUAAUGCAACAGACAUUUGUUCUUGACUUUCAAGAAGAUGAUCUGGUUGGCGACGUUAAAAAGAAGAUCGAAGCUAAAUGGGGCAGUGAAUUCGAUGCAAAGACUCAGAAACUAAUACACUCAGGCAAGGUGAUGGAAGAUAGUAAAUCGCUAAAAGACUACAAAGUGACAGAAUCUGGUUUCGUUGUAGUAAUGUCUGUUUCAAAGCCAUCCAAAGAUACAACGAAAGAAGCUAGUGCUUCAGUCCAAAUUAAUCCUACUGGUGAAACAAAGCAAACAACAGACAAAAAGAGCCCCGUAACAGAAGCAAAUGAAGCUCCGAGCAGUAAAGCAGACUCAAAUCCCCAAUCUAACUUACCUACAGUUACAACAGCCCCAUCUAGCACAACAAAUACUUUGGGUUUUGGAGAGAGUUCCUUAGUUACCGGAGAGAACUUUGAGCGGGUUGUAAAAGAACUAGUGUCCAUGGGUUUCGAGAGAUCACUGGUUAUCCAAGCAAUGCGAGCAGGCUUCAACAACCCAGAUAGAGCAUUUGAAUACCUUUCGUCGGGAAAUAUUCCAAAUGUUGACAUUGUUGAUCAGCCACCGCAAAGGGAAGAAAUCGAAAGUGUAUCUCCAGAAGGGCCUGGGGAUACUGAUACCCCAGGCUCUGAGUCUCUUGGCUCAGAAGACCCGAUCACUGCACUCGCAAGUUUACCCCAGUUUCAACAAAUGAGAGCGCUAGUACAAGCAAAUCCAGAGCUACUGCCUCAGCUAAUCCAGCAAAUAGGGAAUGAUAAUGCAGAUUUAUUUAGACUCAUUCAAGAAAACGAACAAGCAUUUCUGGAAUUUAUUAAUACCCCAGUCACUGGUACUACUCGACCUGGUGGUGAGCGUCAAACUGUUCUUACUAUGACUGCUGAGGAACGCGCUGCUGUGGACCGUCUAAAGGCAUUAGGGUUCCCGGAGGAGUUGGUUAUCCAAGUAAGUUUUCAAGAAAUGUAUCCAUUGUCAGUAGUUUCUCUCGAAACAUUAUAAUAGGCUGUUUCUAUUCCAAGUAUUUAAUUACAUAUUUCGCUCAAUUUUUUAUAAAUUAUCAGGUAAGAGUUUGUCUACUUAAUUUCGAGUCUUUAAGGAUUGACGAAUCUAAUCGACUGCUUCACCAAAUAAGCCAUCGUUCGUGACAUGGCAGAAAUGUGAUGAAACUUCACUGGAAGCAAUGCUAUUGGUAGGAUGGUUUCAGAUCGUUUUUUAGGCUAGCUUAUAUUGGGCCACAACUAAGUCUUUACCGUCCAAAGUAUUCUCAUUGUCCUAAUCUUGUCUAUACUAAUAAGAAGUGAAAUCCUGGAAAGGGAACUGAAUUUCAAUGCGGUAAAUCAAGGAAUAAUUAUAUGAACAAAAACUCAUUUACUGGUUUAUCUAGAAUUUAAAGCCGGUAAUCAGGAGACUGCGACUACACAUUUUGUUUCAGUUAGACCAUCUUUUAACUGUAAUUCAAUUAGUAGAAAUAAUAUAUGGUAAUCUUAGCAUCAAAAUGCUGAAUGCUCACUUGAAAACCGGAUAUCCUAUUCUAUUUUUUAAUUUGUACCUCAAUUGACAC